AUGGCGUCAAAGCGGAUCCAGAAGGAGCUCCAAGAUCUCCAGAAGGACCCCCCAACGUCCUGCAGCGCCGGCCCCGCUGGAGAUGACCUCUUCCACUGGCAGGCGACGAUCAUGGGCCCGGCUGACAGCCCUUAUGCUGGCGGCGUGUUUUUCGUGAACAUAACCUUCCCGCCGGACUACCCCUUCAAGCCGCCGAAGGUAACCUUCCAGACCAAGGUGUACCACCCCAACGUUAACGGCCAGGGCAGCAUCUGCCUGGACAUCCUCAAGGAGCAGUGGAGCCCCGCGCUGACGAUCUCCAAGGUGUUGUUGUCCGUGUGCUCCCUGCUCACAGACCCCAACCCGGACGACCCCCUGGUGCCCGAAAUCGCGCACAUCUAUAAGACGGACCGGCAGCGCUACGAGGAUACCGCCAGGGAGUGGUGCAGGAAAUUCGCGAUGGGCUGA